AUAGUUGCCUUUAUACUAUCAAAACCGCCGCAAGGAUAAAUGCGUUCGCCGCCGAUCUCACGGCGGCGCCGCCCCAGCCGCGGAGGCUCCGUCGGGCUGGGGAUCGCUGCAAUAGCGUACGUAGGCAUAGACUACCUCCGCCACCUGUCUCCGUCGUGGCACGAGCUUCUGCAGCCGGCACUGUGGGCGGUCCUCGCCAUCGCCGCCGUGAUUCGUGUCCCAUUUUACAAGCACUGGUCACUGGAGCUACGCGCCGCCGUCCCCUUCAUUCUGUCGAUGAUUUUCAUGCUCUCAGCUCUCCUCCUCGAAAUGAUUUCGGUUCGCUCUGUUACCGCCGUUCUAGGUCUCGAUUGGCACAAUGCCACACCGCCUCUUCCUGAUGUUGGCCAAUGGCUGCUGUUGGCGCUGAACGAGAAAUUACCGCCAAUCUUGGUCGAAAUAAUGAGAGCCCGUAUAAUUGGAUUGCACCAUUUCUUGAUGCUGUUUAUAAUGCUCGGUUUCUCGGUUCUAUUCAACUCGGUCGAAGCCCCUGGUUUAGGCCUAGCUGCAAGAUACAUGUUCACUAUGGGCAUCGGGCGACUUCUUCGUGCAGUAGCUUUUGUCUCGACAAUUCUGCCCUCGCCUCGCCCGUGGUGCGCAUCGGCUCGAUUCCAAGUCCCGCGGGAUCCACAUCCAUGGGCCCAGAAAUACUACGUUCCUUACGCUAAAGAUUCCAAUGCUAUACGUCACAUCAUUCAGCAUGACGUGGCUUACGGUGUUGGUGGGGAAAACGUAGUUGACUUUCAACCAAAUUGGGGGUCGAUGAAUUUUCUAGCCGAUUUUCUUCGACCGACAGUUUCGGAGGGAGCUUCUCCGUGGUACUAUCUUCUGAAAAGAGCUGGAGGAGGGUGCAAUGACUUACUAUACAGUGGGCAUAUGCUAGUUGCAGUCUUGACAGCUAUGGCGUGGACGGAGGCGUAUGGAGGGUACACGUCAGUGCUUAUCUGGAUGCUGGUGGCCCACAGUGCGCAACGAGAGAUUAGGGAGCGGCAUCAUUACAGCGUGGAUUGUGUCGUAGCUAUCUACAUGGGGGUAUUUUUGUGGAGAAUGACUCGUCUUUUUUGGCCGAUUAAGGAUAAUUCGAGAUAUAAACGGCUGAAUAAACUCGAGAAAGUUCAGAAUGGAUUAGUACAAGCGGCGAAGGAUGAUGACAUGGAUCGAGUGAGGAAGCUUCUAGAAGAAGUGGGUGAGGAGGUGGUCGGUGGAGUUGGUGAGAAGCCGAAGAGCGGAGCAAUGUGGUUGUUUUCGGGUGCUACUAUUUUCUUCACUAUCGUUGUAGUUCUUCUUGCCUUUGUGUUGACAAGUGAUGGUUGAAUUCAUGCACUCUUGAAACUGAGUAUUCCACUAGAUAUGUGGUUUAGGUUUUACUGAAUGUUUUGUAAGAUGUAAUACGUGCUAGAGAAGUGUGCCUUAAGGUCAUGUGCUUUAUUUGCUAUUUACACGUGUGAUUUGUGUAAACUAGAAUUUUGUUGCAAAUUAAAUCUCGAAACUAUAUACAUGAAUGUUUUUUUGCAA